AAUCCUAGCGCUUCCGGUUUAGUGUUACCAUGGGAGCUGGAGCUUUGUGGAGUCUGUUAACAGGAACAGUGGAAUGUCGAGUUUUGGUUGUUUUUGUCUCAUUGCAUUUGUUAACGCUAUUCACCAUAACUGCAUCAAUUUGUGUGGCUGCAUUUAACGUUAAAGUUCGGCACUAGUUAGGCAUUUAACUAGCAAAGCUAACGGUAUAAUGGCGCUCGGUUGUGAAAGUUAGCUCAGUAUAGCUUGUGUAAUUUGACGUUCAUUUGGUGUCUUGUUAUAUUAACCAGUAUAGCUGACGUUACGUUGUAAGCUGUUCAUUUCGGACUGAGCAUAGAAUUCGGUGAAACUAUCACCACCGCCAUGUUUAUAUACCUCAGCAAGAAGAUUGCUGUUCCAAACAGUAUUCAUCUAAAAUGUGUCUCCUGGAACAAAGAUCAAGGCUUUAUUGCUUGUGGAGGUGACAACGGUCUCCUGAGAGUACUCAAGCUUGAAACUCAGGCAGAUGAUGCCAAACUUAAAGGUCUUGCUGCACCCAGUAAUCUCUCAAUGAACCAGACUCUGGAGGGUCACAGUGGUGCAGUACAAGUGGUCACGUGGAAUGAACAGUAUGAGAAGUUGACAACCAGUGACCAGAAUGGACUCAUCAUUGUUUGGAUGCUCUACAAAGGUGUGUGGUACGAGGAGAUGAUAAACAACAGGAACAAGUCAGUGGUGAGGAGCAUGAGCUGGAAUGCUGAUGGGCAGAAGAUCUGCAUUGUGUAUGAGGAUGGAGCAGUCAUUGUUGGAUCUGUAGAUGGUAAUCGGAUUUGGGGAAAGGAGCUAAAGGGAAAUCAGCUUGCACAUGUGGCAUGGUCGCCAGACAGCAAGAUCCUCCUCUUUGGCAUGGCCAGUGGGGAAGUACAAAUUUAUGACAAUCAAGGAAACUUCAUAAUGAAAAUGACCAUCAGCUGCCUCACCAAUGCAACUGGCCCUGUUAGUAUAGCAGGUAUCCACUGGUAUGCAGGAACUGGGGGUUAUGUUGAGCCAGACUGUCCGUGUCUUGCUAUCUGUUUUGACAAUGGAAGAUGCCAGAUCAUGCGCUAUGAGAAUGAUGAAAACCCAGUGUGUAUUGACACAUUGAUGAAUGUGGUCAGUAUCCAGUGGAAUCACUGUGGCAGUGUGCUGGCAGUGGCCGGUUCCCUCAGAGCUUCAAAUAUGGAGAAAGAGAUUAAUGUGGUGCAGUUCUAUACACCAUUUGGAGAGCAUCUGAGAACUCUCAAAGUUCCUGGGAACCAGAUGACAGGAGUUGCUUGGGAGGGAGGAGGGCUACGUAUUGGCCUGGCCGUGGACUACUACAUCUAUUUUGCCAACAUAAGACCAGACUAUAAAUGGGGCUACUGUUGCAGCACAGUGGUGUACGCCUACACAAAGCCAGAGAGGCAGGAGUACUGCGUGGUAUUCUGGGACACCAAAAACAAUGAGAAGCAUGUGAAAUAUGUCAAGAGCUUAAUGUCCAUCACUACCUCAGGCGACUUCUGCAUUCUGGCCAGCAAGGCAGAUGACACUCAGCCUCAGGAGGAUUCUGAGUUAGAGUUGGGAAGCCAUGCACGGUAUAUUCUGAUUCUGUGCAACUCCAUUGGGACUCCGCUGGACUCAAAGUACAUUGACACUGAACCGUUAUUUGUCACCAUGACAAAGACUCAUGUGAUCGCUGCAUCUAAAGAGGUUUUCUACCUGUGGCAGUACAGGGUGGCAAAAAAAUUAACUGCCCUGGAGAUCAACCAGGUGACCAAAACUAAGAAGGAGGGAAGAGAGCGGGUUUAUCACAUUGACAGCAAUCCAUCUGGAGCCAAUGACACUGGUCCAGAUUUAGCUAAAGCCUUCACAGUAACCCAAGAUCCCAUCUGUUGUAUCACAGCGACAGAUAAAACACUGAUUAUGGGCCGUGAGUCUGGCACCAUCCAUAGAUACAGCCUCCCAAAUGUUGUUCUCAUCCAGAAAUACACUUUGAACAACAGGGCCCACUAUCUUUCUUUGAACUGUAAUUCCAGUCGUCUGGCCAUAAUCGACAUUGCAGGUGUGCUGACUUUGUUGGACCUGGAGGUUCGUGCCUCCACAGACGACAAUGCUGGGAACCAGGCAUCUGCAGGAAAUCCAUCCAAAUUUGAGCGUAAGGAUGUUUGGGACAUGAAGUGGGCAAAUGACAACCCUGAUCUGUUUGCCAUGAUGGAGAAGACCAGGAUGUACGUCUUCAGAAACCUAGACCCAGAGGAGCCCAUCCAAACAUCUGGAUACAUCUGCAACUUUGAGGACCUGGAAAUCAAAUCUGUCUUGCUUGAUGAAAUCAUGAAGGAUCCUGAGAGGCCCAACAAAGACAACCUCAUCAACUUUGAAAUCCGCUCCCUGAGAGAUAGUCGGGCACUGAUUGAAAAAGUUGGGAUUGAAGAUGCUUCACAGUUCAUAGAAGACAAUCCUCACCCAAGACUCUGGCGCCUUUUGGCUGAAGCAGCCCUGCAAAAGCUGGAUUUGAAGACAGCUGAGCAUGCCUUCGUCCGCUGUAAAGACUACCAGGGCAUUGAGUUUGUCAAGCGCCUGGCCAACCUGCAGAGUGAGCCCAUGAAACAGGCAGAGGUGGCAGCUUACUUCAGUAGGUUUGAGGAAGCUGAACGCAUGUACCUGGACAUGGAUCGCAGGGACCUUGCCAUCAGCCUCAGGAUCAAGCUGGGAGACUGGUUCAGGGUGCUUCAGUUGCUCAAAUCUGGUUCUGGGGACUGUGAUGAUACUCUGCUGGAACAGGCGCACAAUGCAAUCGGAGACUACUUUGCUGACAGACAGAAGUGGGUCAAUGCCGUGCAGUACUACCUUCAGGGUCAUAACCAGGAGAGACUAGCAGAAUGCUACUACAUGUUAGAGGAUUAUGAUGGGCUUGAAAGGCUGACCGCUGUGCUGCCACAGAACCAUAAACUUUUGCCGGAGAUUGGACAGAUGUUUGCCACUGUGGGCAUGUGUGAGCAAGCUGUGAAUGCCUACCUUAAAUACAACCAGCCCAAAGCUGCUGUUGACACCUGUGUCCAUCUGAACCAGUGGAACAAAGCAGUAGAACUCGCCAGGACCCACAAUAUGAAGGAGAUUAAAUCUCUUCUUUCCAAAUACGCUUCCCAUUUUCUUGAGAAGAACAAAAUUCUAGAGGUGGUGGAACUGUAUCGGAAAGCCCACCAUUUUCUUGAUGCAGCUAAACUCAUGUUUAAGAUAGCAGAUGAGGAGGCAAAGAAAAGGACCAGACCGCUGCGGGUAAAGAAGCUGUAUGUGCUGGCAGCAUGUCUCACUGAAAAUUACCAUGAGCAGGUGAAGAUGUCACAGCAGAGCAAAGCCAAAGUGAAGAAGUCUGAGGCAACAUUUACGCUUGCUGGGUUGCUUGAGGAAGAUGCAACUACUUCAGAUAAUCGUAUUCUGGACAACGCCUGGCGGGGUGCUGAGGCAUAUCACUUUUUCCUGCUUGCUCAGAGGCAGCUGUACGAAGGCUACAAGGAGAAUGCCAUGCGCACAGCCCUUCACCUUCGUGAGUAUGAGGACAUCAUCCCAGCUGUGGAGAUCUACUCUCUACUUGCCAUUUGCUCUGCAGUCAACUGCGCAUUUGGAACAUGCUCACAGGCCUUUACCAAGCUUGAAUCCUUGGAGAGUCUGGAGCCUGAGCAGCGGCUGUUAUACGAGGAGCUGGCUCUGGAGAUCUUCACCAAGCACACUCCAAAGGACAGCCGCAUGAUGGAGCUGGACAGAUCAUCAGAGGGAGCUGAAGGAAAGUUACCCACGUGCAUUGUGACAGGUCUGCCAAUACAGGAGUACCAGUUCUGGAUGUGCAGUGUGUGUAAACACUGCGCUCUAGAGAAGGAGAUCAGCAAAUAUAACUGCUGCCCGCUGUGUCACAGUCCAAUAGGAUGAAGCUCAAUCCUGUACAAAAACUUUGAGGGAAAAGCAAAUUUCAAAAUUGAAUUACUUUUAUUAUAUAUGUUUCUUACUUUGUACAUAUGAUCUGAAAUUAUUUACAUGUGGAAGUAUUUUACGUGCGGUUUGAAUGUAAUGCUAAAAGUUCUAACAUGCAAUAAAAAAAAAAAAACUGUUCCAACA